AGCAAUCCUGGCGCCCGACUCUCCCAGCCGGAACGUGGCUGCUGGGAAGAGGAAGCAUGCAAGCGUUGGAAGCCCUGCCACCUUUUUGAGCCGAAUUUUUCCCAGACUGGCAUUAUUAUCGCCAACAACGCCCUCUACAGAUGAGGUCCAGCAACUUAUGGGCAGCCAGACACAGGCAAUUCAAGAGCUGACGCAGAAUGCCGAGACAGCCGAGGGACGUCACGACUGUAAGCGGCGUAGGCGAGGCCAUGAAAGACUUUUUCUGAGCUCGGGCCCGCUGGGCUCGGGUGCCGCAGGGGUCCCACAAGAACAUAGUCUAGAUGUUUCGCAGCCGGACUGGUGGCAGCCGCAGCCCCGCGCGACGUUGGACCCCGACGAUUACCAGGACCGGCCCCGCACUUCACUGGUCGCCUGUCUUUCCUGCGCCCUUUGUCAUCAGCUGCUUCAAGAGGCCAUCGCCUCCCUGGAGUGCGGGCACACCUACUGUUACGAUUGCAUAGAGGCCCGGGUCGACAUUGGUGGGAACCACAACGUGUGUCCCGUGGCGGGGUGCGGGGUGGUGCUGGGACCCAGUCCCUUCGACCACCAUCGACUGGUCUACGACACGCUGCUGGACAGCCUCGUCCAGAAGAUAUUUCCACGUCCCGACCUGGAUGCGGCCCUUUCUGCCCGACGCGCUGACCGCGAGGAGGCCACCCGCCUGGCUAGGGCCGAGCUUGUGUAUCUGCUGGUUGUCUUUGCUCUCGCGGAACUGCUGUACUCUUAUUUCUCACCGCCAAUCAUGGCACGAGCAAUGUUCAUGUAA